UCUCCCCUCCGCUCUGACUCGGUUUGAUUUUAUCUGAUUGGUGAUUAUUAUUACUAUUAUUUUUUUCCCCUCCCCGGCGGUUCCUGUCCCUGCUACAUGACUUGCCAGCGCUUGAGACUGCGGUCCAACUGCGCUGCCGCCGCCGGUGGUGCCGCCGCCGCCCCGCGCGCUGCUCCCUCGGCCGCCGCAACUUUCCCCCUCAGACUAGUGUGUGAUGUUGGACAUGGGAGAUAGGAAGGAAGCGAAAAUGCUGCCGAAAUCCUCCUUUAGCAUAAACAGCCUGGUGCCCGAAGCCGUCCAGAGCGACAACAACCACAGCAGCCACAGCCACCACAACAGCCACCACCCCCACCACCAUCACCACCACCACCACCAUCACCACCACCCGCCGCCUCAGCAGCCCCAGCGAGCCGCCGCGGCCGAGGACGAGGACGAGGAGAAGGGGCAGCUCCUCCUGCCUCCCCCCGCCGCUGCCGCCGCCGCCGCCUCCGGAGCCCUGGAGGUGGCCAAAGCGGACAUGCUGGCCGGCAAAGGCGACGCGGGCGCGGCGGCGGCGGCGGAGCUGGAGGAGAAGGAGAAGGCGGCGGAGGAGAAGAAGGGGGCGGCGGAGGGGACUAAGGACGGGGAGAGCGGGAAGGAGGGGGAGAAGAAGAACGGCAAGUACGAGAAGCCGCCGUUCAGCUACAACGCUCUCAUCAUGAUGGCCAUCCGGCAGAGCCCCGAGAAGCGCCUGACCCUCAACGGCAUCUACGAGUUCAUCAUGAAGAACUUCCCCUACUACCGGGAGAACAAGCAAGGCUGGCAGAACUCCAUCCGCCACAACCUCUCCCUCAAUAAGUGCUUCGUCAAGGUGCCCCGCCACUACGACGACCCGGGCAAAGGGAACUACUGGAUGCUGGACCCCUCCAGCGACGACGUCUUCAUCGGGGGCACCACCGGCAAGCUCCGCCGGCGCUCCACCACCUCGCGGGCCAAGCUGGCCUUCAAGCGGGGCGCCCGGCUCACCUCCACCGGACUGACAUUCAUGGAUAGGGCAGGAUCGUUGUACUGGCCUAUGUCCCCCUUCCUCUCCCUGCACCACCCCCGGGCCAGCAGCACUUUGAGUUACAAUGGGACCACGUCAGCCUACCCCAGCCACCCCAUGCCCUACAGCUCAGUGUUGACUCAAAACUCCUUGGGAAACAACCACUCCUUUUCCACGUCUAAUGGGUUAAGUGUUGAUAGACUAGUCAAUGGAGAGAUACCUUAUGCCACUCAUCACCUCACAGCAGCAGCUCUGGCCGCCUCAGUGCCGUGUGGCUUGUCAGUUCCCUGCUCCGGCACCUAUUCCCUAAAUCCCUGCUCUGUAAACCUCCUAGCAGGACAGACGAGUUACUUUUUCCCCCAUGUUCCUCACCCUUCAAUGACUUCUCAAAGCAGCACUUCAAUGACGGCCAGGGCAGCCUCCUCCUCCACGUCGCCACAGGCGCCCUCCUCUCUCCCCUGUGAGUCCUUAAGACCUUCUUUGCCAAGUUUUACAACGGGACUUUCCGGAGGACUUUCUGAUUAUUUCACACAUCAAAAUCAGGGGUCUUCUUCAAACCCUUUAAUACAUUAACAUCCAUGGGAUCAGACUGUAAGUGAACAUUUUACACACGUUUGCAUUGUAAAUGAUAAUUAAAAGGAGAAAAGAAAAAAAAAAAAAAGCAAAACAAAAAAGUCCAGGUAUUUUUUAUUAAGUCCCCCAUUUUCUGUACGUUUGUUCAGUCUUUAGGGUUGUUUAUUAUUCCACCAAGGUGAGGAGUGUCAGAAAGGUGCAAUGUGGGGAGAUUACAUUGUAGACUAUGAAGUUUGGAAGACAAAAUUAUAGUAGAAUGUGUAUCUAAAUAGUGACUGCUUUUGCAAUUUUUUUAUUCAAAUACGAUAAGUCUAUCAUUAAAAGCCGCCAGAUUCUCCAUGUUUGCAGUAUUAUAAGUUAUCAUGGAUAUAUCGGUGGGUGCAGACCUUGAAAGGAAAAAAAAAAAUAUCACCACCAUUAAAUUUACGAAAACUAUAAAAAACUUAAAACGUAAUUUGUAUUUAAGCAGAAUUAAUACUGAAAGAUGCCCAAGAACUACAUUUUGGCCAUGCAUAAUUUUAUCCUUUUCUUUACUGAACUGCUUUUAUUUUUUUUUUUUUUGGUUGCUUUUUUUUUCGGUUGCUUUUUUCUUUUUUUUUUUUUUUUGUUGGUUGUUCGUUUGUUUACUUUUAGACCAAAGAUUGGGUUUUAGAAAAUGCACUCAGUGUAGGGAGUAAUUUAAAAAACAGCAACGUUAUUUCAGUUUGCAGCACUGCCCGUUCAAAUGAAUCAGAAGGGGACAAAAUUAAUGAUUGCCUUCAGUUUGUGUUGUGUAUAUUUUGAUGUAUGUGGUCACUAACAGGUCAUCUUUAUUUUUUUUCUAAAUGUAGUGAAAUGUUAAUACCUAUUGUACUUAUAGGUAAACCUUGCAAAUAUGUAACCUGUGUUGCGCAAAUGCCGCAUAAAUUUGAGUGAUUGUUAAUGUCGUCUUAAAAUUUCUUGAUUGUGAUACUGUGGUCAUAUGCCCGUGUUUGUCACUUACAAAAAUGUUUACUAUGAACACACAGAAAUAAAAAAAUAGGCUAAAUUCA